GAGGGAGGGGAGGGAAUUGUGCUGCCCACACAAACUGAACCAAAGUAAUCUGCCUGCUAAUAAUUAUAAUUGUGGCGGGAGGUGAAUAAUCAUCAUCCAAGGUAAAUUAUUUCUCCUUAAAAGCAGCCACAGGCUCGUGAUUGCGCGAGGGAGGGGAAAAGGGGAGAGAGAGUUUUGGCAUCUGAUUCGUGAUUUCGUUAAUUUUUUCCCCCUUCAGUGGCUGACCAAUCCUACGAAGGGAGGAAGGGGGGAGGAGGGCCGGUCCCUGAGUUUGAAUCUGAUUGGGCGAGAAGAAAUUUUGGGAAGGGGCUUAGGCAGCCAAGGUCUCUUUGAUGGAGAUGGGAAGAGGGAAAGGAAGAGGGGCCGGCCUGGAAUUGAUUAAGUUGGGAGGAGAAAGAGGAGAAGGCUGGGCGAAGCGAAGCUCAGCCCGGGGGCCCUCCUUUGAAACUGACUAAUUGGGGAGGGAAGACACAAAGGGACGCGAAAGGCGCUGGGAGAGACGCACAGCAAGGAAGAGUUUCCCGCUGGGUGAGUGGAGUUGCCUCCCCUGGAUCUCCCAGGCUGAUCCCCUAAAACUCGGAAACUUUUGCCAGGACUCGGGUGCCCAAAGGAAGUGACAGAUCGCCGCUCGUCCUGGGGAGGAGACAAGGCGAUCGGGUGUCCGUAAGAACAGAGGGGGGAGAAAACCACCAUGCGCCUUGCCGACGCGUCCUUGGCCCACUGCCUGCUGCUGCUUCUAGGAUACUGCUGGGCUCAAUUCCACGGGGAGAAGGGCAUUUCUAUCCCUGAUCAUGGUUUUUGCCAACCUAUCUCCAUCCCGCUGUGCACCGACAUUGCCUACAACCAGACUAUCAUGCCCAAUUUGCUGGGGCACACCAGCCAAGAGGAUGCUGGCUUGGAAGUCCACCAGUUCUACCCUCUUGUGAAGGUCCAAUGCUCCCCAGAGCUCAAGUUCUUCCUGUGUUCCAUGUAUGCCCCCGUGUGCACCGUCCUGGAGCAGGCCAUCCCACCCUGCCGUUCCAUCUGUGAGCGGGCACGCCAGGGCUGCGAAGCCCUCAUGAACAAGUUUGGCUUCCAGUGGCCAGAACGACUCCGCUGUGAGAACUUCCCCCCCCACGGGGCAGAGCAGAUUUGUGUGGGGCAGAACCACUCAGAGGAAGGGGGAUCACCAGCACUGAUCACAAGUGCCACUCCUAUUGCUGGGCAGGGUACGGCAGGGCCUCCUCGCUAUGCCACUCUUGAUCACCCCUUCCACUGCCCACGUGUCUUGAAGGUGCCCAGCUACCUCAACUACAAGUUCCUUGGAGAAAAGGACUGUGCUGCACCUUGUGAACCCCUCAAGACCGAUGGACACAUGUUCUUUAACCAGGAGGAGAUCCGCUUUGCUCGCAUCUGGAUCCUCAUCUGGUCUGUUCUAUGCUGCGCCUCCACUUUCUUCACCGUCACCACCUAUCUGGUGGACAUGCAGCGUUUCCGCUACCCAGAACGGCCCAUCAUCUUCCUCUCGGGCUGCUAUACCAUGGUCUCGGUGGCCUACAUUGCAGGCUUUGUACUGGAGGAACGUGUGGUGUGCAAUGAGCGCUUCCAGGAUGACGGCUAUCGGACUGUGGUGCAGGGCACCAAAAAGGAAGGCUGUACCAUUCUUUUCAUGAUGCUCUAUUUCUUCAGUAUGGCCAGCUCCAUCUGGUGGGUUAUCUUGUCCCUCACAUGGUUCCUUGCCGCAGGCAUGAAGUGGGGCCACGAAGCCAUAGAGGCUAACUCACAGUAUUUCCACUUGGCAGCUUGGGCUGUGCCAGCAGUCAAGACCAUCACCAUACUGGCAAUGGGGCAGAUUGAUGGUGACCUUCUCAGUGGUGUCUGCUUCGUCGGGCUCAACAACAUAGACCCACUGCGGGGCUUUGUUUUGGCUCCACUCUUCGUCUACCUCUUCAUUGGCACGUCCUUUUUGUUGGCGGGCUUUGUGUCACUUUUCCGCAUCCGUACCAUCAUGAAACAUGGUGGCACCAAGACAGAGAAGCUGGAGCGCCUCAUGGUGCGCAUUGGGGUCUUCAGCGUCCUUUACACAGUGCCGGCCACCAUUGUCAUCGCCUGCUACUUCUACGAACAGGCCUUUCGCGAACACUGGGAGCGAAGCUGGAUUAGUCAGAAUUGCAAGAGUUUGGCCAUCCCCUGCCCGCUCCAGUAUACCCCACGCAUGAACCCCGAUUUCACCGUCUACAUGAUCAAGUAUCUCAUGACUCUCAUUGUGGGCAUCACCUCGGGCUUCUGGAUCUGGUCGGGCAAAACCCUUCACUCCUGGAGGAAAUUCUAUACUAGGCUAACUAACAGCAAACAUGGGGAGACUACCGUUUGAAAAAGGGACAGUGGAGGUGGUGGAGAGAGCCAAGGCUGCCGGCCCCAAAGUUUGAAACAACUGCAACAAAAACAAAAAAACACCAGAUGUGCCUCCCUUCAGGAGUUCUGUGUGUGGGGUGUUUUUGGAGGGGAUCUCUCUGGAAUUUGGGGAAUAGGGGUCCAGUUGCACAGAGCUGAGACAUCCUUUGACAAUCCCAGCGAAAAACGGAGGCCGGGGAGGAAAAAGAAUGAGGGAGAGAAACUGAAGUAUUUAAAACUGUAUCCUUUUAAUUAAAACUUUUUUUCUUUAGGUUUUUAUUAACUAUUAAAGGGUGUCUUUUUUGUAAUUAAAAUUGUAAAUAGCAUUUGUAAAUUUAAUUAUAUAUUUCUAUUUAAAAGAGAGAGAGAGAGAAAGAGAGAACACCAGCAAGGAUCUAGAAACAUAUGGAGAGGGUCAGAGAAAGGAAAGGUUUUUUUUUUCUUCUCCCCCUCCUUCUUUGGGUACUAAUUUUUUUUCUCCCUUUGCCUGUGCCAUACCCCCCCUUCCAUGGAGCCACGAGGACUGCGAGCUGUUUGGGUUGGCCCUUAAUAGGACAUUUUUGCUUAAACUUUUCAUGAGAGCCAGGUUUGGAAUUGCUCCCCCACCCCCUGCAAAAACAUAUCGCCCACCAACUCCCCUUUGGAGACUACAGUUUUUGGUAUGGUUCCAGGAAGACUUCUCCCAUCUCUCUCAUUUUUUCCUCUCUGUUUCUGAACGUUUGCAAGUAAUGUUCUGCAUUUAUGAAAAUAACACUGGGGAUGCGGGGUGGAAUGUGAACCUUCUCCCCUUUGCUGAAAUUUGGGCCCUGGCUGUGAGGAUCUCCUUAUGGCGAUUUCUGCUAAAGAAUUUGUUACCUCCAAGAAAGUUUUUUUUCCUGCCUUAAGCUGCAGUUUUCUUUCUGUUGCAUUUGUACAUUUCUAUUCCCCCCCUAGAUGUUUUGUACAAAAGGUGUCUUUUUAAAACUACAUUUCCUUUAUUAAAC